AGCACGGCGGGGGAGGGCUGUGCGGCAUAGACCCGGCGCGGUGGAGCCCUGCCCGGCCAGGCCCCGCUGCAAACCCCGGUCUCGGAGUCGUUGCUGCCCCGAGCGGGGCUGGAGCCUCACAGCGGCAACAUGGCUGUUGAUUUGGAAGAUGGAGAUGACCGAUUUCAGCACAGUGCUAACUCUGCAUAUAAACCAGUGAAUACCUCUUUCCAAGAAGAAGAGCCUCUGAUUGAGGAGCCGGUGGGGAACAGAUACAGUCUGCAAAAGCCGAAGGAUCACUUAAAUGGCGCCUAUGUUAUUUUUUUCAUCCUGGGUAUUGGCUCUCUGUUGCCUUGGAACUUUUUUAUCACAGCAAAACAAUACUGGAUAUAUAAACUUCAGAACUGCUCCAAUCAACAGGAGCCGAAGGGACAUGGAGUCUCUGAUCUCCGUGACUACUUUGAAAGUUACAUUUCCAUUGCCUCAACUGUGCCUUCAGUGCUCUGCCUGAUUGGAAACUUUGUGCUAGUCAACAGGGUAUCUGCCAGCAUCCGCAUUCUGUCCUCCUUGGCUGUCAUGCUGGCUGUCUUCGUGGUGAUCACUGUGCUGGUGAAAAUGGACACAUCCACAUGGACACAGCGUUUUUUUGUCAUAACCAUAGUUUGUGUGGUUAUAGUCAGCAGUGCCUCGACCAUCUUCUCUAGCAGCAUCUUUGGCCUGACAGGCUGUUUCCCCAUGAAGAAUUCGCAGGCGUUGAUUUCAGGUCAGGCCAUGGGAGGCACAGUCAGUGCUGUGGCAUCGGUGGUGGACCUGGCAGCAGCAGCUGAUGUUACAGACAGCGCCUUGGCCUACUUCCUGACAGCAGAUGUCUUCAUCAUUGUCUGCAUUGUGGUAUACCUGAUUCUUCCCAAGUUGGAAUACUCCAGGUAUUACAUGAAAAGCCACAAGGGUAGCACACACCCAGCUGGUGUAUUGCCUAGCAGUUAUUUAGAGGGAGUGGAUGAGUCAAAAGGCAUUACCACCAGCUCAUUUCCAGCCAAAGCGACCAGUGACCAAAAUAUCCCACCCCUACGUCCUAUCCUGAAGAAGACCGCUGUCCUGGGCUUCUGUGUCUUCUAUGUCUUUUUCAUCUCUAUCAUCAUAUUUCCUUCCAUCUCCUCCAGCAUAGAAUCUGUCAACAAGGACUCGGGGAGCUUAUGGACCAAUAAGUACUUCAUCCCCCUCACCAGUUUCCUUUUGUACAAUUUUGCUGACUGGUGUGGACGGCAAAUCACCGCCUGGAUCCAGGCCCCUGGCCCAAAGAGCAAACUGCUCCCUGCUCUGGUCCUCCUAAGGACUUUGUCACUACCCCUGUUCAUGUUAUGUAACUAUCAGCCUCGGAGCCAUAUCAAAAUGGUAAUCUUCAACAAAGAUGUCUACCCAGCUGUCUUCAUUGUGCUCUUAGGACUCAGCAAUGGUUACCUGGGUACCUUAGCUAUCAUCUAUGGCCCCAAGAUCUUGCCAAAAGAGUUGGCAGAGGCAACAGGGGUGGUGAUGACAUUUUACCUGACGUUAGGAUUGGCGUUGGGAUCUGCCUGCUCAAUUCUUUUGGUCCAUCUAAUAUAGAAGAGAGGUGGGAGGGUGAGGGUGUUACCAGCAUCUUGGGCAGCACCAGAUUGAGGCCACCAGCAGUUGGCUGAAGAACCCGCUCCUUUCCCCAGGGAAUCUAUGAAGUUACAUUCCUGAACCUCUGAUCCUGAUCAGGUGUAGUGGGGCUCGGAAAUCAAGCUCCUGAAAAGCAGGUGGGCAGGAAAGUUGAGGGAAAGCAGCGGAGUUACUUGCUGAACCUGAAAGUCAGGUGAAAUGCAUCCCUCAUUAAGAAGCUCAUAAAAGGAGUGCCUAGCUAAUAUGGGGAGAAACAAAGCAUCUGCAGAGAUUCUCUAGGCUCAAAAAGGAGCUUGAUAUGUACCCUAUUCAUCGCUGUCACCGUGUCUGUUAUCAUUUUGGUCUUAUAUUAACUAUUUGUUGGCUUCCCAAGCAAGAAGGCUGACUAAACUGGUUCAAGUUACUACUAACGGUAGAGGUGAACUAAUAAUGAGUUUUGUAAAAGAACACAAACAAAUAAACAAGCGCUCCCUCCCCCCCAUGGUUUGUGGGAAGUUCCCACAGACUGUCAAAGGGGGUUAGUCCAGAAUGCCAGUUGUGAUGGUGUGAAAGCUUCAUCUCCCGGAACAACUCAUUAGGUCCAGUGGAUGUGCACCAAAUGUUGCUCUUUUCCUUCCACCCACAGUUAUGCCUUCUUUCAUAUAUCUACUGAACCCAACAUUGCAAGACCUAACAUUUUCAGAUGCUUCAGUAAGCCCCACUAUUUUCUGCAGGACAAUUUAAAAGGACACUCUUGGAGGAUUUGUAAUUGUUUUAUUACUGAAUUAAUGCUGUGGGACCUUGAAAAUGAAAAUGAAAUCUAUUUCCCUGUGGAAUACUUCCCUCGUAUGAUGUACAUAAACACUGCUUUGUUAUUUAGGAUUGCUUAUUACAGCUGACAUUGGGUAAGUGUAUAAAUUUUAAUGCUGUUUGUAUGUGUAUGAUGUGGAACGAAGCAGUGAAGUGUUAUUCUUGGGGAAAAAACACAGCAAAGUACAAUACUUGGAUUUUAUACACUUUUUCUAAGACAACGAAAAACUGUGAAUAUUGGGCAUAACUUCCUAACAAUGAGGUCUAUCAGACUGUGGAAUAGUUUCCUUAGGGAUAGAGUGGAAACACCACUGCCUGCGUCAUUCCAAAUUAGACUGGGCAAAGCAUUGAUAGGGGGAUGUCCUAGAUCUCCUCACUCUUAACUGCAUAUACUAUUGGAGAGUGGGGUAAUACUUUGUGCUUUACUAGACUUGACAACAGCCCUUUUCUGUGACUAGCAUAGUAGAAUGAUUAGCGGCUUAAUUGUGUGUUUUUUUUUUGUUUUUU